GAUGAUCGAAUCUCGAACUAUAAAAACGGCCAAGGAACACUGGAUGUGCAUUCAGUUCUCAGUUGACAUCUGGCCCGACUUUACCCCCCGAUUACCAGCUCCAGAAUAAACAUGAAGACCGUCGUUAUCGUCGCUGCCAUCUGCCUCGUCGGUGCCAUGGCACUGUCGGAGGAACAGAAAACCAAACUGAAGGAAUACAAGGACGCGUGCAUCACUGAAACCGGCGUCGAUUCGCAGGUCGUAGAUGCCGCGAAGAACGGUAAUUAUGAUAAGACCAACGAAAAAAUGAACUGCUUCUCCGCCUGCAUCCUGAAGAAGGUUAAAAUUAUGGACGAGGACGGAACUCUCAACGAGGAAAUGGCAAGGAAGAGGGCACCAGCUGGAGUUUCCAAGGAGCAGAUCGACGAUGUUCUCAACAAGUGCAGAGGCACCACCGGAGCCAAUACUUGCGAGAAGGGAGGUAACAUGAUGACGUGUUUCAUAGAGAACAAGACCUUCAGCGUAUUCAAUUAAAGCACAAAUUACCAACGGAGAUCAUCUGGGAUUACAGGAUUGUUACUUCUCGUGCGGAGAUUGCCGCAACUCGCUUGCAGAUAUAAGUUCGAAUGAUAAUCAACCGAACUCGACGUCCGUCUGUUUUACUAGUUCUGAAUACGUUUGAAUAAACAUAAAGAAAAUAAAUAAAUUGGUUAUCACGUA